AUGGCCCAAGAAAAGAUUGAAUCCGAGUUCCUGGAAUAUGCCUCUGGCUCGGUCAACCCGGAAAGCCUCGAGAUCGACCAUGAGUCCGAGAGAAAGCUCAUCCGUAAGCUGGACUGGCAUAUCGCCCCGAUGGUGUUUUUAGGGUAUCUCGUCUGUUUCCUCGAUCGGGUGAACAUCGGAAAUGCCCGUCUUUACGGUCUCGAAAGUGACCUGCACCUGCACGGCACUCAGUAUCAGACCAUCUUGUCGGUCCUUUUUGCGACGUAUAUCCUCUCCGAGAUCCCCAGUAACCUGCUUAUCAAACGGAUCCGACCGUCACGUUGGAUCGCCAUUUUGAACGUGUGCUGGGGCCUUAUUGCCACCUUAUCCGGUCUCUGUCAGAGCUUUGGCGGAAUGGUGGCCUGUCGCCUUCUUCUGGGACUCUUCGAGGGUGGCCUGUUUCCGGGCUUCAUCGUAUAUCUGACCUUGUUCUACACCAAAGAUGAGAUCGCUCUCCGGGUUUUUUACUUUUUCGUCAGUGCGGGCUUUUUCAGGGAUUGGCUUCCCACUUUCAUUUACGGCAUUGCGGCUUGGUUUCUUCUGGCGGAUGAUCCGGAAUCGGCCUCCUAUCUGACUUCACAAGAGAAAGACCUGAUGAAUCGGCGGAGAGAAAGGCAAGUUGGUUUGACGGCAUCCGGCAAUGAAUUACACAAGAAGGAUAUGAUCCUUGCUUUCCAAAAUUGGAAGGUCUAUAUGUUUUGUCUCGCCCAGUUCUGCAUGGGGACCAUGCUCUAUGGAUAUAGCGUGUUCCUGCCCACCAUCAUCCAAGGGUUGGGCAAUUGGACGACAACUCAAAUCCAGGCAUUGACGAUCCCCUGCUACGCUGUGGGAGCGAUUUGCUACCUCGGCGCCGCCAUUUUAUCGGACCGCCAACAGCGACGGGGCAUCUACGUCCUCAUUUCCCUUGCGGCGUCGAUCAUCGGCUAUGGUCUCCUGAUUUCCAAAUCUAAUGAAGGAGUACACUAUUUUGCGUCUUGUCUAGUCGCGAGUGGAAUGUAUAGCUGUUUGGGGAUUGCGAUGGCCUGGCUGCCCAGUAAUCAGCCUCGUUACGGCAAGCGAACGACCUCCACGGCGAUGCAAAUCAUGGCUGGGAACUUUUCAGGAAUUUUGGCGUCAUUUUUGUACCCGAGUACCGAAGGACCACGUUAUAUCAAGGGCCACGGCAUCACGCUCGCCCUGUUAGGUGCUGCAUUCUGUCUUUUCGUCGUCACGAUGCUGUACUUUGCUCGCGUCAACAAAAGGAGAAUGGAAGGCAAGGAAGACGCCAAAAUCGCUGGUCUAACCGAGGAAGUGAUCAACGAGUUGGGCGACCGAUCUCCAAGAUUCAUGUAUGCGAUCUGA